AUGAGUACCGGAAAAAAACAAAAAAAGCGGAAAUGUCGCUCACCUCCACCACCGCCAUCAUUAAAGCCACAAUUAGCUCAACGAUUAGAAAGAUUGCGUAGUGGUCAACGAGACCUUUGGGCAGACGAUGAUGAUAUCAAUUCAAAGUCCAAACAGUCGAGAAAAAAAAGUAAUAAUCAACCAAUUAUUUUACUAUCCGAUUCCGAAGAAGAAAUAUCACCAUUACCAUCACAAGGACGAUCACAAAUUAUUAAAUCAAAAAAAAAAAUCUCACAAAAUCAUGAUGAAAAUGUUAAUAAAAAUCCUACAUGUUUAAUUUGUUCGAUUUUUUCUCAAUUAUCAUCACAUAAUUGCUGUUCAGAACAUCUAUCUAUUCUAAAAAAUCAUUCCGAUCAUCACGUGCGAACAACAAAUGGUCAACAUUUACCUGAAAAAGUUAUGAUUGUUCCGAUCACAGAUGAAAUCGUUCAACAUUAUCUUGAUUCACAGCAAAUUUAUCAAUUACGAACACAAGCAUCACCAUCACGAACAACUAAAAAAAGAUCUACUGUGCAGUCGGUUAGUAAAGCAACAAUGACAUCAGAUGAAUCUGUAGUGUCACAUCCAAUAAUAAGAAUUCCACGAGUUAUACGAGAACCGUCUCAAAUGGAUAUUGAACCACUUUGUUCAACGAUUGUUGUCGAAACAGCAGCUAUAACAACGUCAGAUGUUGCUACAUCACCUUCAAAAACAAAUCAUAUUGAAAAUACGACUACUAGUGAUAUCAUUCCAAUACCAGAAUCAUCCAUUGAAACGAUUACUAUCGAUGAUAAUUCAAUUGAUGAUCAGCAAGACCAUAUAGAUAUAAAAUCAACGAAUGAAUCUGGAAAACUGAAUCCAUGGGACCCAAUUCGUGAUGAAAUCGAUGAUACUCUUGAACGAGUUCUCAAUCAAGUUGAUUCAACUGAAAAUAGUACACUUGAAUUUACACCAACAACAGCUCGACGCACAAAUACAGAAGUAAUGGCUGCUCUGUUACCGAAAAUUCCACUAAAAGAAGGACGAUUUCGUCAAGGAAAAUCAAUUAUGAAUCGUACACUAUCCAAUGCGGCUAAUGAAUAUCGACCAUCGGCAACUGUUUCGUUUUCACCAAAACCAACAUCUGCUACACCACAAAGUAGUUCACCGCCGAUGCUAACUAAUGUUGAGAAUACAUCAACACCAGAUCAAACUUCCAACAUAUUGAAAAAUAAUAGAACUACGGAUGUUACUAGCAGUCAAUUAUUAACACUGGAUGAAACAAAUCAACAUGACAAUAUCCCGAUAACGACAGUCACACGAACUGACGUUGAUCUACCUGUAGUCUCUGCUACUAAUAUAGAGCUUGAAAUAGAUCAAUCACAUGAGGAGCAAAAUGUUACUUCAUCGACUACGAAUGAAAGAACAACAACAACAACAACACCAGUAAGAAUGUCCUAUCGUCUGAAUCCCGACGGUACACGAGUUACUAUAUCACGGCCACUAUUACCAACAAGUCGACAAUCACCACUUGUAACUUCGUUACGUCGAAACUCAACCGAUGUUACUCCUAUUCAACCAAAUACCAACUAA